AUGAAAUGCAGAAUAUAUACAUUUUUAAUAUUGUUUAUACAAAUUGGAUAUGUAUAUUGUGCUGAUCAACCAAAUGAUAAACAAAGUAACACAGAUAUAACUACUGGAGAUGAAAGUGAUUAUGAAGAAGAUAAUUAUCAGGUAACAGAAAAUACUGGACAAUUUGGUCAAGAAGAAGAACCACUACCUAUUAAAGAAGAACUUGGAUCAGAUGAAGAAGAACAAGGAGAACAAGGAGAACAAGAAGAACCUCUUGAUUUAUCAACAAAACACAGACAACCUUAUGAACCUACUCAACCAUCUGAAACUGAACCUACACAGCCUAGUCAACCAGAACCACCUCAAUUUCAACCUGGUUAUCAACCAGCACCACGUUAUCCUCUACCUCAACCAUAUCCCAGAUAUUAUUAUCCAGGGUAUCCACCUUAUGGACCUUAUCAACCAUAUCCCAGAUAUUAUUAUCCAGGGUAUCCACCUUAUGGACCUUACCAACCUUAUGGACCUUACCAACCUCGACCUAUAGCACAACCUCCUCAACCUAGACCUACACAACCUACUGUUCCUAGUCAACUACCACAUACAAAACCUAGUAAAAUUCCAGUACAUGUUCGACAAAAACCACUUUCAAAAGUUUGUGAAAUAGUCACAUUAGUUAAGAAAAAUAGUUAUGGUAAAUUGGUUCCAAUGAAGGAUGGAGACUACAAAAGGACACAUACUGAUUCUGUUAAAAUAAAAUUUAAACUCCACGCAAAUCUUGAAGAAGUACUUUGUGACGGUGAUAUAGCUUAUAUUCAUUCACCUGGAAAACCUUAUCCGUCAUCAAUAAUCCAAAAAAAACGAAUUAAAGAAUUUAUAAUUAGAAGUGGUGAUGAAUUAUUCAUAGUCAAGCUGAUUAAUAAGAAAUGGGUAAGAAAUGAUGCUAAAAUUCCACAAAAUUUUGAAAUUUUCACAAAAGAUUCUGAAGGUAAUGAAGUUCCAAUACCUUUAAAUAAAUGUCAUGUUGAUGUGAGUUAUUUCCAAUCUUUUAAAUUCACUUUUAAAAAAGGUGUAAAAUGUCAUAAGAUUAUAGUCAAUGGAAAUUUAGUUUGGGAAAAAACCGAAGGUGAUGAGUACCCUAUGGCAUUUUCUAUUACCUGUAAAGAAAAUGUUGUAAUUAUAUUCGAUAAAAAUAUUUAUGUAUAUAAAAGAAAAACUGAAGGGUAUGUAUUUUCACACCUCACACCGAGACGAAGACGUAGUAAAGAUGAAUGA